CGUGUGACACUGGGGUGACCCUUUCCCAGAGGAGCCCAAGGUCGGAAUAAAGACGAUCAAGAUGUACUGCCAGCGGAUGCAGGAGGAGAACAUCACCCGCGCGCUGAUCGUGGUGCAGCAGGGCAUGACCCCGUCGGCAAAGCAGUCCCUGGUGGACAUGGCUCCCAAAUACAUCCUGGAGCAGUUCCUGCAGCAGGAGCUUCUGAUCAACAUCACGGAGCAUGAGUUGGUCCCUGAGCACGUUGUGAUGACAAAGGAAGAAGUAACUGAGCUGCUGGCCAGAUACAAACUGAGGGAGAACCAGCUCCCCAGGAUCCAGGCCGGGGACCCCGUGGCCCGUUACUUCGGCAUCAAGCGUGGUCAGGUGGUGAAGAUCAUUCGCCCGAGCGAGACCGCGGGCCGCUACAUCACCUACAGGCUGGUGCAGUGAGCGCAGCGGGGGGCAGAGAUUUGCUGUGACUCAUUAAGGAGUGAAGCCACAGAAGUGCCCUGAAGGAAGGAGCAGGGAGGAAGCGAGUGGGAGAAGGCCUUUGCUUUCCUAUUUUAUUUCAUAGGAUCUUAUUUUUAAUAAAGAUUUGUA